AAAUCUUGCUUUAUUUUAUGUAUCAAUAUUUCAAUUGUUAUGCACAUUAUUCUGUUUGUAACAUUACUGAUCUGAUUCUUGUUCUGUUUAUUAUAUUGGGUAUAUUGAUUUGAUAUUGAUUUGAUAUGACUCGAUGUUUAGAUAUUGCUCAUUUAAAUACAAGAUCACUAAUGGCAAAUUUUUCAGAUCUGAAGGAGAUGCUAAUUUUUAAAAAAUAUGAUGUUCUUGCUGUGACAGAAACGUGGUUGACAUCCCGAAUAUCCACAAUUGCCGUCGAUAUUCUUGGUUACACCUUUGUACGUUCUGAUCGUGUGUGUGAGAAACGAGGUGGAGGGGUAGGUAUGUACAUAAGAAAGGGGAUAACAUUUUCAAUUGUAGAAUCAGUAUCUAGUAACUUACAUAUUGCCCUUGAGCAACUUUGGAUUGUAUUAAAGUUACAUAAUUUCACACUGGUCACGGGAGUGAUAUACAGAAGGCAGGAGUGUGCGUACGCUGGAUUUUUUGAGGCCUUGGAGGAGUCCCUCUCGCUUUUAAUGACCCACGACGUUGUUGAUAUGAGUGUCCCAGGAGAGCCCACUAUCGCAUGUAAUUCCCAGAAACUCUACUGAUGUAGACGUAUAGACUAUACUCUUGUCAAAAGAAAACUGGUGAAAAGAUGAUUUUUUUCGCAUGCUGUGAUGUUCAAUAAUCAAUGUUUUUGCAGGAUUAAUUAUUAGAUAAUUCCUAAAGCACCAAUUUGAAAAUGCACUCCAACAUGCGUUAAUUUUCUUUAUUAGAUUAGCCGUUGUAGGGUCAAAUAUGAUCAUACACGUAUCGUCAGCAUAUAUGAGCAAUUUACCAUGUGUAAUAAAAUUAGGAAGAUCAUUGAUGUAUAAGAGAAAGAUAAGUG